UCCCCCCUUUGGGCUUCCGAUCCGGGGACUCGCUUUCCUCCUCUCUCUCUCUCUCUCUCUCUCUCUCUCGAAUUCUUCCCCCAAAAUCGAGAGCUAGGGUUUCAAUCAAAUUCUAGGGUUAGGGUUUGGCCUCUCACUCCGAUCUCCGGAAUGCAGAAGGAUCCGUCGGCUCAGAGAUCCGCGUACCUGACCGCUCUCACGCAGGAGAUCGAGCGCAAACUCCAAAAGGCGUUGAGCUCUCAAUCUCAGAGGUUCGAUUUGCUGCAGCAGUUGUUUGCUGAUAUGGCGCUGGAGAUCGACGAUCGUGCUCGAGACGUGCUUCUCAGCGGGGAUGAAGACGGGGUCACUGAAAAAGAUGACGGAAUUGAAAAUAGCUUGUGCUUUUAUGAUGUUCUUGCGAAUCACUACGUCAGGGUCCCUGAAAACGGAAAGCGCAUCCUUGAUUUGAUUGUCCAACUGUGGAGCCAGUCUUUUGUGUCGCAUAUAUUUGCCCUUCUUUUCCAUAAAUGGUUGUUUGAAGUCCCGCUUGAAAAUUCUGAAGCAGUUCUAAGAUAUGGAUCUGCUCUUGUUCAGGGCGCUACUAAUGUUUUUUGGAUUGACAUUCAGACAAAUACGAGGCGUUUCUUAUCCUUGUUCUGUUAUCUACUAGAGGAAGUUGCCCUUGUUCCACACUCUCUCAAUAAAAUUGCUUUACAGACCCGCAGAGACCUUUUUUCUCUUCUUUCCAGGUUCAUUUUCUUUUACAAUUUAGAUUACUUGCUUGAAAUUUUUUUGAAGAAUUUCCCCAUUCCUACAAAUGCUUUCCUUAUUGGUGGUCCAGCAGAUUUAUUUGUCAUUGAGCUUACGGAUCAGCUUCAAAAGUUAAAAGUCGAGCCAGUGCUUCUACAUUAUCUCUCUCACAUGAGAGCUCUUCGAGGAUGGGAGCUGAGGAUGACUACAAGUACUAGAUUGAAGGCAUGCCUCUACAGUUUCACAUCUCCUGGGGGUCCUAUGUAUCCAACUAGAGCUGUUCGUCAUGCGGCCUGGGAUACACUGGAUUUUCUUUUCCCUGUUGGGCGCCAUCCGCGACAUGUUAUAAGCCUGUUCUUCCGUCUGCUUUAUCCUUGGUACUGGCCCUCGUCAUGUUGGAAUUUUAUUACCACUUGCAUUAGUGCAGUAUUCUACUCAAUUCUGAGAAUAAUCUUUUCAAGUUGGGAGAAUAUGACUAAAUCUAAAAGGAAUUCUUAAAAUGUCACAAGUUCAAAUGUAGUUUGUCACUAUACUGGGAUGAGGCUGGUGGUUUUUGUUCUGGAUCUCAGUUAACCCUUUAGCUACCCAUGUUUACUUUGUAAAUUAACGUGUGUUAUCAAAUGCGUGAUUGUACAAGAAUGUUAAAGCUUCUUUCACACAAACAUGAAGUUUAGCAAGUUUCCUUUUGUUUGUCAUCAUCAUGUUCCAUCAGAAGAUUCCAUUUGUAUAAU